AAUACAUUAUUUAGUUAAAUAAAUAACCAAAAACCGAAAAUUCAAACCCGCACACUAGUAAUUAAUUAUAAAGAUCUAAAUUUGAAGUUUUGAAGUUCCUUUUUGAAUAGCAAAAUAUUCUAUAUUUGAAGUUAUAGAGUUUCUUUCGGAGAUGAUCUCACGGGGAUUUGUCCUUUGAAGCUGAUAUAAAAUAUGCUUAGCGGUUGGUUAACGAACUCUCACCAGCCUAUCAAAGCACAGUCAUAGCCUUCUUGUUUAAGAUCCAUUAUAUAGUAAAAGUGUUCUAUGUAAGGUAAGGAUUAGUUUUCAUCAAAUCUUUCAAAGAAUUAACGAUGACAUAUGAUAUUGAAUCUACUAUAAACAAGAAAUCAUAAUGGCUUUCUUCUAUAAUAUUCUGCAGUGCAAAGACUAGCGGAUCUAUAACUUCCUCAUUCACUAAAGAGUUUUAAAACAUAAUUACACCAAAUGGUCCACAAGAAUGUUUUUUUUUUGACCAAUCGACAAGAAUGUUGUUCGCGAGUUUAGAAGCUUUUGUACAAUAUAAUUAACUCAUUGAAUACAUAUAUAUCUUCAUUUUGUCAAAAAUGGUAAACUAUUUAUGAUUCGAUUCGUUUUUCCAAGGGUUGAGAUUUGAUUAGGUUAAAAAAGGAAAUAAUAUAUAUAAUAAUAAAAAGGAAAUAAUAAUAAUACUCCUAUAAAAUACGAGUACCUACGGUUGAAAUGAAACACACGGUGGAUGAAAAUUAGGGUUUGCUUAGAGAGAGAAGAGGAAGAAAAGGCGUAGAGGAGCUAGAGACUUAUUCAAACGAUGAGCACUUACACAGCAUCAUCAGCAUCACACACUUCUCCCAUGCCCCCGACGAGUGAUCCAUUGAAGUUGUUCAUGGAACACAUUGAAAAAACUCAAAUACUUUCUAGUAAAUACGUCAAGAUCCACGCAAAUCUUGUCUCUCUCAAGGAGGAGAAGAGUAAGAUCAUUGAUCUCGACCUUCCUACCUCCAAAUAAUUCUUGGAUCAUGCUAUCAAGACUCUUGAGGUGUAACAUGAUUUAGUUUUAGAAAAAAUAAAGAAUAGACUGAAUCAAACCGGAAUUACCAAUGUUGACGUGUUGCCGGAAGAGAUGAUAAGAGUCUUUCAGAACCCAAGCCUCAACCAGAAUAACACUGUGCCACAAGCGCCACGGGUACCGAUGCAAAGUCAACAAGGGUUUGUGCAACAAGGGUUGGGGAAACAAGGCUUGGGACAACAAGGAUUGGGACAACAAGGACUGAGACAACAAGGACUGAGACAACAAGGACUGGGACAACAAGGACUGGGACAACAAGCGUUGGGGCAACAAGGACUGAGACAACAAGGACUGGGGCAACAAGCGUUGGGGCAACAGGCGUUGGGGCAACAAGCGUUGGGGCAACAAGCGUUGGGGCAACAGGCGUUGGGGCAACAGGCGUUGGGGCAACAGGCGUUGGGGCAACAGGCGUUAGGGCAACAAGGAUUAGGACAACAAGGAUUGGGACAACAAGGAUUGGGACAACAAGGAUUGGGACAACAAGCGUUGGGGCAACAAGCGUUGGGGCAACAAGCGUUGGGGCAACAAGCGUUGGGGCAACAAGCGUUGGGGCAACAAGCGUUGGGGCAACAAGGGUUGGGGCAACAAGGGUUGGGACAACAAGGGUUGGGGCAACAACAACCACAAGGAUUUCAACAACCACAAAUUAACCUAAGCCAUUUGCAACAACAACCGCGAGGAUUUCAGCUGCACAAAUGUUGAAAUUUCAGCUGCAACAACAAAUGAUGAAACAAAAUCAUAUGCAACAACAACAAGUAUUAAUGCAAUUACAAAUGAUGAAACCAAGUCAAGUGCCACAAUAUCAAGAAUUACUGCAGCAAGUAGGGCAACAAGUAUUCGGUCAACACGAUGAGGAGAAACGUCCUUUGUAGUUUGGUUUCUUUCAUGAUGAGGAGAAAACAAGUACUAUUUUUUUUAAGGCAACGAGGAUUACUGCAACAAGUUAUUUUGUUCUCUUUCAUUUACUCUUAUGUUUUACAUGUUUUGAUAUUUAAUUAAAACUCUUUCUAUUCCAGUUGAAAAAAGUUAUUUUUUGGUUUU